AUGACAAUGCCAAGAUAUUGCCUAUUUGGAGAUACGGUAAACACUGCUAGUCGUAUGGAAAGUAAUGGAAAACCCGGUCGUGUUCACAUUUCCACGGAUACAAUGAAGUUUCUCACCGAAGUGAUUGGCGGCUAUAAGUGCGAAUAUCGAGGAGAGGUUAUGGUCAAGGGCAAAGGGGCUCUGGAAACGUACUGGUUGCUGACUCCCGAAGAGCAAGAGAACGGCCUCACCGAAUGA